UGUGCUUUAAAGCAUAUGAGGGCUUGCUCUAUUUUCAAAAUAUAUGUGGAAAGAUAUAUAGUAAUUAACAAGUGAGGUACAUCGACCCCUUGGCUGGGGUAUAAAAGCGACUGCAUGCCUCCAAUACAAUCUAUAUAUGGAACACAAGGGUCGGUUCUACUUUCUGUUGAAGCUGAUCGUUUAACAAUCAGAUAGGUGAAAGAUUGAUUGGAGUGCAUUUAGUUAACGGAACGUAAAAGUUAUAUUUCAUUGAAGAAUAAUCUGUAUCUUUAUAUUUUCAAUUCAUAAAACGUGAAAAAUGAAGUUGCUCGUGUUUAUGACAGCCAUCGUGUUAUCUGCGGCCACUAGCCGUACAGAUGACGGGCCACGCGUCUUCUGUGGCAGGGCCCUGGCGGAGGCAAGGGUGCUUUACUGCUUUGGAAGCAAAAUAACCGAUCACGUGAAGAGAGUUGAAAAACAUGAUCUGCAAACAUCACAGUUCUACUUCUGGCCGUGGAUGGCUGUUCGCUUCUACUCUCUAAGGAAACGCAUUCCUGGUCUCGUGGAUGAAUGCUGCCUGAAGCCGUGUUACGUCAGCCAGCUGCUUAGCUACUGUUGAGACGGAAUAAACGUAUUGUAGAAUUA